AUGCUGGGAAAUGGAAGAGCAUUGCAGAAAUACAUCGACCUUGUCAAGAGUGCAACUGAUAAGUAUGCGAACUGGGACCCUUCGAUUCCUAUCUCUGCAGGCGAUUACGGCUCGAUCAACAGGCUUACGGGCCAGUUCGAGAGACACGGGAAUAUUUAUCGUGAAGAAGAGAUUAGGGGCAUCACAUCGAACUUUCCGCCAGCGACAGGACCUGAGGUUGACGAUUACCAGAUACUUUCAACGAAUGCAAGAAAAGUCAAGGUUGGUCCCGAGGUGCACGCAACGUUUCUUGGUACUAUUGAACCAGUGCUUGAAGGGCAAUGGCGAUUUAGUUAUUCACGUGGGGCACUUCUCCUUAUACAUAAACAGCGUAUCACAUUAGUUCCACCCGAACUACUUGAAAAGCUGAGGAGUUCUGGCUGGGCAAAAGGGCGACAAGUUGUGACACAAGUCCACAACUGCCAGGCUUACGCUCUCUAUCUUUCUGAUAAAAGUAGUGAGACUGUCAGCAUUAGCUUACAUGUAGAUGCUUCGAAUCUGGCGACUCCUGGAGUGACCGUCGGAGCUGGAGCUACUGUAAUAUGGACAACAGAGGGUGUUACUGGAAUUCUUCAAAAAGCUAUCAACUCCGAGCCUGUGUUUACGCCACUAUAUCAAAUAAAAGAAGUUGGUUUCCGUGCAGGAAGGAGGGACCAAGCAUUGGAUCCCAAGGAAGAUCAAGUUGAAGAAUGGCAACAAGUCGAAGCAUCGUGGGACUUUCUCAAUGAGGAUGGAGAGGAGGAGACGGAAGAG